CCUCUACUCAUAUACCUGGCAAUGCAUGCAGUUACAUACUUCUCAGCAAAGGGGAAACUCAAACUGAGGUAUCAGACUCCAGAGACUAGCUAAUCCUCGAAUGAACAUGGUGGAGACCGAAGCUGCUGUUUGUUUACUUGUUUUGGUCUUUGCUUUGUGGAAAGCAGGACAAAGAAUCCACGAUGAGGAUCUAGAGGCUCAGCGACGCUUACGCCGAAAGCUCAUGUUGGCUGCACAGCGCAAGCGAGCCGUCCGGCGACGAGCAAGUCGGUUGCAGCGAGAGCAAAAACGCCAACAGUAUAUGCAAAUGAUGCAUCACUACUAUUUUGAUAUAAUGCAGACAUCCAAGGUAUGGGCCUACCCCCGAACAAGUGACUGGUGGGAAAUCACCGCGCAAAGAUUCACUGAUGAGCAGUGGCUGGAGGAUUUCAGAGUUUCCAGAGAAACCUUCAAGUCCAUUUGUACAACAGUGAAGCCUGCACUAGAGCGACGAGACACGGCAUUUCGAUUAUGCAUUCCUUUGGAGAAAAGAGUAGCCAUUGCAUUGUACAAACUUGCAUCCACUAGCGAGUACAGGACAGUGGGCAACCUGUUUGCCGUUAGUCUGACGUCUGUUUGUCGCUGUUUGCAUGAAUUUUGUAAGGCUGUGAUAACAUUACUUCGGCCUAAAUUAAUCCAAACACCCAACCAGGCCAAACUUGCUGAGAUGGCAGAUUAUUUUGAGGAGAGAUUCGGAAUUCCACAGUGUGUGGGUGCUAUAGAUGGUUCUCACAUCCCUAUUUUGAAACCUCCUCAAUACCAAUCAGAUUUACACAACAGAAAAGGCUGGCACUCCAUCAUUCUACAAGCGGUUGUGGAUGGUAAAGGGAUGUUCUGGGACAUAAACAUUGGACAGCCAGGGAGGGAUCUCAACGUCCGUGACUUUAGAAAGUCACGCCUUUGGGCUUGGGCCACUACCAGUAAUGCAUUCUCUGGCAGGGUUAGAAACAUAUGCGGAACUAAUGUAGGAUACUUUAUUCUUGGUGACUCUGCUUACCCAUUGCAGAACUGGUUGUUGAAACCAUAUCCUGACACUGGCAGACUUACAGAGGGUCAAGAACAGUACAACAUAAGGACAAGUCGAGCCCAUUGUGUGGUUGUACAUGCUUUUGGGAGGUUGAAAGGCAGGUGGAAGUGUCUCAGUAAAAGGAAUGACUGCAGUGUAAAUGUUGUUGUUGAUAUGGUGGAGACAUGCUGUACACUGCACAACCUUUGUGAAUUAAACAUGGAGAGAUUUGUGCCAGAGUGGGGUGGUGGCGAAGAUACUGUACGACCACCAUGUAACAUUGAUAAUGAGAGGUCAGAUGUAAGAAGUGCUCUGCAACAGUUGUUCAUGCAGCAGCAGUAAUUUUAUAUGGCUUUAUUGUGAUAAUUUGAUUUCUACAAAUAUGUUUUUUAUGUACACUCAGUUUGUUACUUUCACAGUGUUGUAUUCUUUUACCUACUUCGUAUGACAUUACACUAUAUCGGACUAUCUACAGAGUAAGUAUAUACAAAUGGUGACUUUCAUAACUGCCCAAAAGCCUAUAUUUUGAUAUCAGAGUAGGACCUUAUUUACAUCAUAAAAAAUUCACAUAAGUGGACAUUGCAGAAAACAAAAGGUGCUCAUCAGACAACCAUUUAGCGAAUGCGCCCCUCAAAAAGCUAUAAUUUUCAACACAGUAGAGUGCUUGCAACAAAUUGUUUUCAAAUAAAUGAUUGUUACUUUCACACGUGACCUUUUACCUGCUUAGUAGGACAUCAAACUAUCUAAAAAAGCUACAUUUGACAUCAAUUAUUAUUAUUAAUUUGAUUCUUUUUAAUUGCACAUAGAUGAGUGUAAAUGUGUGCAUGUAUAUUUUUAUAUUACCAGUGCUUUGGCAAUGUAAAUCUUUUUUUUACCAUUCUAAUAAAGC